AUGUCGCUUGCACACACAGCUGCAGAGUACAUGCUCUCAGAUGCCCUGCUGCCCGACCGCAGGGGCCCCCACCUCAAAGGACUGCGCCUGGAACUGCCCCUGGACCGCAUGGUCAAGUUCAUAGCCGUGGGCUUCCCCUUGUUGCUGAUGUCACUGGCAUUUGCCCAGGAGUUCUCCUCUGGGUCUCCCAUCAGCUGCUUCUGUCCCAGUAACUUCAGCAUCCGGCAGGCUGCCUACGUGGACAGUUCCUGUUGGGACUCACUGGUUCACCACAAACAGGAUGAGUCUGGCCAGCACAGGACGAAAUCCCUCUGGCCUCACAAGGCCCUCCCCUACUCCCUGCUGGCCCUGGCCGUGGCCAUGUACCUGCCGGUUCUGCUGUGGCAGUAUGCAGCCGUGCCGGCCCUCAGCUCAGAUCUGCUGUUCAUCAUCAGCGAGCUGGACAAAUCCUACAAUCGUGCCAUCCGCCUGGUGCAGCACAUGCUGAAGAUCCGGCAGGAGGGCUCGGACCCGCACGCGUUCUGGGAUGAGCUGGAGAAGGCUCGGAAAGAACGAUACUUUGAAUUCCCCUUGCUAGAGCGGUACCUGGCCUGUAAGCAGCGCUCACACUCACUAGUGGCUGCCUACCUCCUGAGGAACUCCCUCUUGCUCUUCUUCACCUCAGCCACCUACCUAUACCUUGGCCACUUCCACCUGGAUGUCUUCUUCCAAGAGGAAUUCAGCUGUUCCAUGAAGACAGGGCUGCUACAUGAUGAGACCCACAUGCCCGAUCUGAUCACGUGCAGGCUGACCUCUCUGUCUGUUUUCCAGAUUGUUAGUCUCUCCAGUGUAGCAAUAUACACCCUGUUGGUUCCAGUGGUAAUAUACAACCUCAUGCGGCUGUGUCGGUGGGACAAACGGCUCCUAUCCAUCUAUGAGAUGCUCCCGGCUUUUGACCUCCUCAGCAGAAAGAUGCUGGGAUGUCCCAUCAAUGAUCUCAAUGUGAUCCUUCUUUUCCUCCGAGCCAACGUCUCUGAGCUCAUCUCUUUUAGCUGGUUGAGUGUCCUUUGUGCGCUGAAGGACACAACCACCCAGAAGCACAACAUUGACACAGUGGUUGAUUUCAUGACGUUAUUGGCUGGCUUAGAACCCUCAAAACCUAAACAUCUCACCCACGGGAUGUGUGAUGAAAAUCCGUAAUUAAGAAACCAUGAAGCAAGAAAUUUUAUGGAAAGUAAAAAUCUCUCCCCUUCUUCACAAGUCUCACGCACUAAUAUACAAAAACACCCACUUUAGGAUUGCUAAACUUGCAUUUAGCUGAAUCGAACAUCCUGUAUUAUGCUAUCCCAAAGGUGAGAAGAUAUAAUCAAUACAUGGAAACAAAUCUGAAAGUUGGAGCUGAUGAGUCCAAAAGCUAAAAAAAAAUAGAUCUAGAGCUUAAUAUGAAGACAG